AUGUCGGACUCCGAUAGCCUGGAGUACCUCCAGCCGGGCUUCGACGCCCGGUCGCUGACCAUCCCGCGCCUGCGCUCCGUCCUCGUCGCCCACAACGUCAACUACCCGGCAAACGCCAAGAAGGCCCAGCUGGUCGACAUCUUCGACGAGCAGGUGCGCCCCCAGGCCAAGAGGAUCCUGGACCAGCGCGCAAAGGCCAAGAGGUCGAGCAGAGGAAUCUUCGACGUCGAGGGUUCGCAGAGCAGUAAUCCCUGGGACGAACCCGAAUACCUGCCGCCGCCGCCGCCCUCGACCACGAGAACUCGCCGCUCCGCUUCCCCGAGAAAGGCCUCCGCCAGGAUAAAGUCCGAGGAGCCCGAACAUGCCCUGAUGCCGCCCGCCCGCAGUCCGACUAAGCGCUCCUCGAGAGCCUCGAGCAGGCAGCCCCAGGUCUCGGACACAGAUACCGCCCCGGACAUGGAUGGAAGUCUGCGCGCACGGAGGGUCCGCCCGGCACAGCCGGCACAACAGCCGCAGCUCAAGACUGAAGAGUCCGAGGAAGGAUUCUUCCGACGAGAGUCCGGCGCCUUCAGCUCGGACAAUCCUUUCCAGAGUGGCAGCUCGCCGCCCGUCGAGAGGACCCCCAGCAACCGCCGCAGGACCACGGGCUACGGUCAAGAGAGCGCGAGGCCGGUCAGCAGCUCCUCGUCGCGCAGGCGGACAGCUACCCCCGCCGCCUACGCCGAUCCCGAUAUCACGGACAUGGCCAAGAGCCUUGAGGUCCCCGUCAGCAGGUUGGUCCGGGGCCAGACCCCCGACUAUCACCCCGAGCCCUCGAUCGAGGCUGGCGAAGAUUUCAUGGUCGAAGCCGGCGAAGAGUUCACGCCUGAGGAGCAACUGGAGCUGCAGGCUGAAGAGGUUGUCAACCAUGAGAAUGCCGUCGUUCCCGCCCGACGAGCUCGUCCGGCCAGCAAAUCAAACUGGGGAACAUCUCUGGGAGUCAUGUUGGUCACCUUGCUCUCCGUGUACGCUGGCUGGUACCGUCAGGAGAAGAUCGCGGUGGGCUACUGCGAUGUUGGCCAGGUUUCUGGCACACUUCCCACUGAGAUCCCCGUACCAGAGUGGGCUCAACCCCAUUUAGGAGACGAAAUCGUGGUCCCUCAAUCGGUCAGGGAUGCCCUGGAACCCGUAUGCGAGCCUUGCCCUCCCCACGCCUACUGCUACAGCGACUUCUCUGUCCGCUGCGAGCAGGACUACAUCAUGAAGCCUCACCCGUUCGCUCUCGGAGGUCUUAUUCCCCUGCCGCCCACAUGUGAGCCAGAUGGCGAGAAGGUCCGCCGUGUCCAAGCGGUGGCCGACCGUGCUGUCGAGGAGCUCCGAGAGCGCACUGCUAAGUUUGAGUGCGGAGAGCUCGUCAACGAAGAGGGUGUCAAGGCUGAGUCGCCAGCUAUCGAAGAGCAGGAGCUCAAGCAAGUCAUCAACCAGAAGAGAAGCAAGAAGAUGAGCAACCAAGAGUUUGACGACCUUUGGGGGGCCGCAAUCGGAGAGAUCAAAGCCCGGGAGGAAGUCAAGGUCGAAUCUACACAAGACCGAGAUCCCAAUUCCGGCACAAUUCCAGACACGCUCCUUUCAUCAACCUCUCUCGCUCGCAUUCCGCUCACCUGCGCGGUCAAGCGGUCGAUCCGACUCGGACUGGCAAGAUAUCGCCUCCAAAUUGGGACUCUAAUCUCGCUCAUCUUGUCGGCCCUUUACGGUCGCCAGCGAUAUCGCAGCAACCGCGCCGCCGCCGCCCAGGUCCCGGCGCUGGUCAACCUCGUCCUGGAGCGCCUCGCCAACCAGAAGCAGAUCGACGACGACGUCGACGAUCCGUGGUUGUUCCUGCCGAACCUGCGGGACGACGUCCUGAGGACCGUGCAUUCGCUGCGCCAGCGGGAGAAGAUCUGGCAGAGGGUCCGCGCCGUCGUCGAGCAGAACAGCAACGUACGCACCAGCCAGCGCGAGGGCCGCAGCGGCGAGGUCGGCAGGGCCUGGGAGUGGAUCGGCCCCACGGCGGGCGACAGCGCCCGCAGGAGGAAGAGCGGACGCGUGUCCUGGGGGCCGGACGUCAAGUCCGAGGUCGAGUCCCCCGCCGAGGACAAGAGCUACCUGCACCAGAAGUGGGAAGAGGGGGGCUCCCGGCCCAUCUACUAA